AGCAGAAACUUCUAUUGGGAAUUUAGCACUAUUACCCAAUCAUCGUCUCUUUUUCAAAGUAAAAUGAUAUUUCCCAGUCCAUUCUACCCCCUAACUAGAGACACCUAACAGAAAUAUGGAAGCAACAAAGUGUUUUUCCUGCGGAAACAAGUCCCGUCGUAGGGAUUGAUUACAUGUAGACGUCCGCAGAAGCGUGUUCACACUGUGCGUGUCUCUCCUUGCUCGGGCGCCAUUGUUGUCGAAAGGAUGACACAUUAGCAGGUCAGCCCGUAGUACCUGUUGUUAUGUGGCACUGAUGACACGUGCAAGUUCCAGCAGAAGCCCGACCUUCCUUCCCCACUGCUUUCUUGUCUCCUCUCGGCACUCGGAGUUCGGGCCCGGCGCUACGUUCUUUGAACGCCGGGUUAGGAAGUUUCAGAGGAGCCCUAAGCCAACAACACUGUCUAUUGUUCUGCUCGGCACUCCGGCGGCUGCAGUUCACCUUGUUGGGCUUAGGGGUCGCUGCGCGGCGCUGAGUGGUGCGCUCGGCCUCAGGAUCUUUUUGUCUGAGAACUGGAUCCCGCUGCCGCUUGUACAGUGUGUGUGAUUGCAUGGAGCCGCGUCUGUAGCACACUGUCAAACCACUCCAAAACGGACACAAUAGCAGCCAAAACAAUUCAUUUACCUUACGUAGAACAAUGACAGUUUUUAUUUGCCGUCACAAUCGGCCCUAAUUCGGAUUGCUUGUUUGAAGUUAAAGGAGGCAAAAUCGAGUCUUGUGUGCCCGUGUGUAUACAGUCGUAAUUAUCACUCUGCUUUCUCUUAUUUCUUUAACUUUUUUAAAACACUCAGAUUCCCGUCAAUGACUGAGCGCCGGCGGAGUAUGGGAUACUUGGUAUCUUAGGAAGCGGACAAGCGGGGUUUUAACGGAUUUUUAAUAUUUUAAAAAAUGGCAAAUUCGACGGGGAAAAAUCUACCUGAUCAGCGAAGGAAAGGACUGGCUUUCCUGGACGAGCUGCGGCAGUUUCACCAAAGCAGAGGCUCGCCGUUCAAGAAGAUCCCGGUGGUGGGAGGAAGAGAGCUGGACCUGCACGCACUGUACACCAGAGUGACUAGUUUAGGUGGAUUUGCGAAGGUUUCUGAUAAGAAUCAAUGGAACGAGCUUGUUGAAGACUUCAAUUUCCCCAGGGGUUGCUCGAAUGCUGCUUUUGUUUUAAAACAGUAUUACCUUCGAUAUUUAGAAAAGUACGAAAAGGUCCAUCACUUUGGUGAGGAUGAUGAGGAGGUACAGCCUGGCAAUCCAAAACCAUCUCUCCCAGUAGGCGCAAUUCCAUCAUCUUACAAUUACCAGCAACACAUUGUAUCAGAUUAUCUUCGCCAAAGCUAUGGACUCUCAUUGGAGUUUGUCACACGAUGUGAUUACAACAAACUGGUGCUUUCACUUUUAUCUGGGCUCCCUAAUGAAGUGGAUUUUGCCAUUAAUGUUUGCACACUUCUUUCAAACGAAAGCAAGCAUGUUAUGCAGCUUGAUAAAGAUCCUAAACUUAUCACCUUAUUACUAGCACAUGCAGGAGUUUUUGAUGACACGUUUGGAAGUUUUUCUGCUGUUUUUGGAUCUGAAUGGAAAGAGAAAACCUCUCGGGAUUUUGUAAAGUUCUGGAAGGACAUAGUAGAAGAUACAGAAGUACGGGACCUCAUUGCAGACAAAAGCAGCAAAUCACAAGAUGGUACGAGUAAAGACACUGGCUGGGAUUCCCUUUUCCACCCUCCCCGAAAUGUUGGCAUUAAUGACAUUGAAGGACAGCGGGUGCUUCAGAUUGCUGUUAUCCUUAGAAACCUCUCCUUUGAGGAAGGAAAUGUUAAACUUUUGGCAGCUAAUCGAACCUGUCUCAGAUUCCUUUUAUUGUGUGCUCACUGUAACUUCAUUUCAUUAAGGCAGCUGGGCCUGGAUACAUUGGGCAAUGUAGCAGCGGAGCUUCAAUUGGACCCUGUUGAUUUUAGGACUACCAAUCUUAUGUUUCAUACAAUUACAAAAUGCUUAAUGGCAAGAGAUAGAUUUCUCAAAAUGAGAGCAAUGGAGAUCUUGGGAAAUCUAUGUAAAGCAGAUGAUAAUGGGAUUCUCAUUUGUGAGUAUGUGGAUCAGGAAUCAUACAGGGAGAUAAUAUGUCAUCUCACUCUACCUGAUGUGCUGCUUGUAAUAUCCACAUUGGAGGUGCUUUACAUGCUUACAGAACAGGGAGAUAUGACCUGCUCAAAGAUAGCUGCUGUGGAUAAGAGUAUUGAGCUGUUAGUGCGCUUAGUGUCAGUUGACAUAAAUACCUUUGGACCUGAUGCCCUAACAGUGGUAAAGCUCAUUGAGCAUCAAAGCUCCAGUAAUCAAGUUGUUGCAGAAAUAAGACCACAGUCAGUGGAGCAUAUACCAUCCCAGGUUCAUGGACCUCCAGCCACUGUGUCAAGACCUGUUCCUGUACAGUCAGCUGCUACUCCUCCUGGAAUUGUUGAACUUGAUGGUGAGAAGUUUACAGCUCAGUGGCUAAAUGCAUACUUUGAGCCACAAAAUGACAGCUCUGUUUCCAGAUCCGAGAUGUACUCUGAAUAUCUCUCUACAUGCAGUAAAAUGGCUCGUGGUGGUAUCUUAACAUCUACUGGGUUUUACAAAUGCCUGAGGAGCAUCUUCCCAAAUCACACAGUAAAGCGAGUAGAAGAUAAUAAGAAUAAUGGACAGGCUCACAUCCACGUAGUUGGCAUUCGGCGGAGACCUAUUCCUCUUCCAGUGCAGCUGUAUUACCAGCAGCAAGCUUCUCCUACACCUGCAGCCAGGCAUGAAGCAAUUGCUGACCAGUCCCAGACACCCCCACCAGGCACUACUCUCGGACCUCAGACAUUUGGAAAUCAUUUCAACAGGACACCAGUCAGUAGCCUUAAUGCCAAUUUGGCAUCCUCACAGAUGGCCUUCACGGUUCAAGGAGUCUCAAAUGUGGCUCAGACUGUUUCCAAGAUAUCCCAAAACCAAACUGCCCAGGUUCAACAGCACCAAAAUCCAGCAGUGACUGUCAUCUCAAACAAGACUGGUGAAGGCAUGAAAGCAGCAGUUAUCCAAGGCUCCAUUUCACAGGCAGCUGCUCCAGUUAGUGUCUCUGUUGUUCAAAACCAUAAUAAUACAGUGCCCCAAACAUCUGUCACCGUUGUUACUUCACAACCAUUGCUUCACCAUUCCCCUUUAAUACCAUCUGGUACUCCGGUCACAGUCUUUCAACAAGGACUACCACAAACACACAUUUUUUCAGGAAGAGUGCAGAAUAUUCCAGCGGGUCCAUCCAUCACAACUUCCCAAGGACAGCAACUUGUGUCCUCAUCACCCCAAACAUUACCUGCAUCCCAGCAACCAGGAAGCACAGGUCAUCAACAGGAAGCUGUUAUCCUCACUCCCCAGCAAUAUGUUUCAAAUUCUGCACCCAGCAUUGUGUCCUGUACCUCAGUGCAGAAUUUUCAAGUUGCUGGUGGUCACGUCUUCACAGUAGCUGGUGUCCAGAGUCCUCAGGCUUCAAGAGUGACUUUCCAAAAUAUUGCUCCCAAGCCAGUGCCCCCACAGUCUACAGUGGGGUCACAGCAGCAGCCGCCACCACCCUCACCACAGCCAACACCACAACAAAGUGUGGUUAUUGUCAGCCCCACACCUCAGCAGAACCAAACCUAUGCACCUGCCAUUCAUCAAAUAGUACUAGCCAAUCCCACUUCCAUUCCUGCUGGCCAAACUGUUCAUCUUGCGGGGCAGAACAAUGUCACACCAUCACCUUCGCCAUCAUCUUGUCCAGUUACCAGCAGUCAUGUGCCAUCAGUCAUAGCAUCUCCUUCACCCACAUCUCAGACACAAGGACCUCCUCCUACUGUUGGUCAAAUGUUAUCAGUCAAACGACAGCAGCAACACCACCAGCACUUCCACCACCACCACCAUCAUCCUCAUCCCUCACAAUCUCAAUUACCAGUUCAACCACAGCCUCCGCCUCCUCCUCCCCCACCUCCCCCUGGUCAACCUACACCUACUGAAUCCAGUUUGAUUAAACAGUUACUACUUCCAAAACGUGGUCCUUCCACUCCUGGUGGUAAAUUAAUUCUUCCUGCACCUCAGAUUCCUUCUCCAAAUAACACCAGAGCUCCAAGCCCUCAGGUGGUCUACCAAGUAGCCAACAAACAAAGCCCAGGUUUUGGUGUACAGGGUCAGCCCCAACCCCAGCAACUACUUGUAGGUCAGCAGAAUGUUCAGCUGGUCCAGAGCUCUAUCCAGUCACAAGGAACAAUGCAAACUGUACCCAUUUCUAAUUUGCAGAUCUUACCUGGACCUUUGCUUUCUACCAGCAGCUCUGCGGCUUUUAUCCAAGGAACAGCUGGUAACCAGGUGACAUUCACGGUUGUGCCAAAUACCAGUUUUUCUACGGCAGCUGUCAGUCAAGGAAGUGGUUCACAAAUUAUUACCCCACCAGGAAUACCAGUAAGUGCAUCUCAACCUAGUAUUGGCUUACAAUUGCAGACUCUUCCUCCUCCUCUUGGGUCGACAACGCCAGUUUCCGUACCUCCAUUUAAAGGUGACAAGAUAAUCUGCCAAAAGGAGGAGGAGGCAAAAGAUGCAACUGGGUUACAUUUACAUGAGCGCAAAAUAGAGGUCAUGGAAAACUCUUCCCUUCGAGAAGGGUUCACUAAAACUAGCAAUGGAGAUUCAAAGGAAAUUGAUACAUCUCUGGCAAGUCUGGUUAAUGGAAAAAAGUAUCUUGAUUCAAGUCUACCUCCUUCUAUCUCAGGGAAAAAUCAGUUGGAGGCCAGUCACUACUCACAGGUCACUAAUGGACCUACCUUUGAGGUUAAAGACAAUCCUGCAAAUGGAGUACCCACUACAGAGCAGGCAGACCCACAGGAAAUAAAAAGUGAUCUAAAACGGUCCUUGGUGAAUGGUAUAUGUGACUUUGAUAAAGGGGACUGUCCUCAUUUAAAUAAAAGCAUUCCAAAUCAUAAAGCUUCCAGAUAUGUGGGAAAUGGAGAGAUCUGCUCACAACAACAGCAAGAGAAUUCUGCACCUACUGUUCAAGAUACUGCCAAAGCUGAUCAGUUUGCAAGAUUGACAAAUGGGCCUGUAAUAGUAAAUAAUACAUUACCUACUGCAAGUAUACCACCAGAGGCAGCAUUUCCAGCAUGCCAAAAAUUUAGUAGUAAUAGUACAGAAUUAUUAAAUGGACCUCUAGAAGCAAGUUUAAACAUGGAUAUGCCUCAACCUAAACCACAGCAUCCUUGUGUAAUAAUGGCUUCACAAUCUACUGUUUCUGCAGCUAUAACCACUGUAAAUCCAGUUAAAACUGUAUCUCAACCAGGAAUCAUCAUGCCACAGUGCACCCCAGCUGCUUGUGAGCCUCAGUCAUCUAAUGGUUCAAGUGAAAGUCGAAGUAUGAAAAGGCCGGGUGAGGACAUGGACAGAGGAAUGCUUUCUGGAAUCCCUAAUAAAGUAGGCGUAAGGAUUGUUACAAUUAGUGACCCCAAUAAUGCUGGUUGCAGUGCAACAAUGGUAGCUGUGCCAGCAGGUGCAGAUUCGAGUGCAGUAGCUAAAGUAGCAAUAGAAAAUGCAGUCCAACAAAAGCAGCAUCAGUCUUCAUUUAUGCAAGGAUUAGUCACACAGCCUUCAUCUAUUUCAUCAGCAUCUCCUGUACAGCAAGUGAGUUCAUCAACCCCUACAUUCACAACACAGUGUUCAAAUCAGCAUUUGGAACAUCCAAGAAAGCCAGGCCAAAACUUCAUGUGCUUAUGGCAGUCAUGUAAAAGGUGGUUUGAGACACCUUCUCAAGUAUUUUACCAUGCUGCCACACAGCAUGGAGGAAAGGAAUCGUACCCAGGACAGUGUUUUUGGGAAGGCUGCGAACCUUUUCCUCGGCAGAGGCUCUCCUUUAUUACACAUUUGCAGGAUAAGCACUGCUCUAAAGAAGCUCUUCUUGCUGGAUUGAAACAAGAAGAGCAGGCUCAAUGUACAAAUCAGAAAACUUCCAAACAGCAACCACCUGCUGGUAGCACUUCCUCUCCCAGAGCACAAAAGGCCAUUGUAAAUCAUCCCAGUGCUGCUCUUAUGGCACUUCGAAGGGGGUCUCGAAACCUUAUGUUUCGAGAUUUUACGGAUGAGAAAGAGGGACCAAUAACCAAACACAUCCGGCUGACUGCUGCCUUAACGUUAAAAAAUAUUGCAAAAUAUUCAGAUUGUGGUAGAAAGUUAGUAAAAAGGCAUGAAAACCAUCUGUCUAUACUAGCUCUAAGCAACAUGGAAGCUUCCAGCACGCUUGCCAAAUGCCUUUAUGAACUCACGCAUUCACUUGAGCCGUGAAAUAAGACUGGGGAACAGACUUUGAAAUGCUGCAGCAAGGAAGUUCACUUUUUGUAGAGAUGAAUUGUCUUUUAAAGAAAUGAUGAAAAUGAACAACUAUGGGGGAAAAAGCAUUUUUCAAAUGAAAACAGUCUUAAUGGGAGAUGGUGACGUAUUCACAGUUUGGCAUAUCCUAUUUGCUCCCAUGCUGCAGAAAUUUUAGCUUUUUAUUCUGAUCUGCGAAUGAAUCCCUUUGUUCUUAACAAAAACUGCCAUGGGAUCUUCAACCAGCUGUCUGCAGGAUGCCACUCAAAGCAGCUUUAUCCUAAAGGAAACUGGUGUGGUCAGAAUUCAGUACCAUCCACAUUGGAACAGAUAAAUUUAAUAUAAAUAAACUUUACAAUCAGACAAUAUAAGCAUUACUUAUUUUUAUUCUGUACCCAAAACGAGCACAUUUUUAUAUUCAUGGACUAUUUGAUUAAGCUGGUUUGAAUACAAGUUUCAGCACACCAGAAGUAUGCCUCUUUUACCAGAGGUUACAGCUAACGACUAGCUAUGGAUUGUGUGUGUUUGUUUAGAAAUUGGUAGCUUGGUUUUCUUACUUGAGCCAAUAUAUUUUCACUUAUUUAUUAUCAAAUUACCAAUAUGAUAAAAAUGUAAAUACUUGUGAAUAGAAAAAAGACAAAUAAAUCUUCAUGCCACUGCAGCCACUGGAAACGUACUCUGUGGUGUCAUAGGAGCAUUAUUGGGUAGGUUUCAAGGUUUUUAUUUUUUUUUUUUGUUUUGUUUUAUCCCAAUCAACUGUAUCAAAUGUGAUUAUAUACUCAGCAGUGGAUGAAUGUUCUUAAAAAUCUUUGUAAAUACUGAAAAGGUACUGAUGCUGUAAAGUUGGAAAAAAUGUUUUUUGUGGAACUGUGAUUUUUUUUUUUUCUCCUUUUUUGUAUUAUACACCUUGUAGAACUCAUUUUGCUGGCUGAAAGAGUAUGAAUAAUAUAUCUCAUGUCAUUUUUGUAGAAGAAAAACUAUUGAAGGUAUUUUUGAUUUUUUUUUUUCCCUAACAUGUAUCCACUGUAAACGUUUUGUCACAGUGCAAGCUUGGUGCUUGUACAAAAUUUUUUUGUAUUUGUAAAUUGGUUUAAAUACAUGGAGUUUUAUACAGGUUUUCUCCUGUGUUAUAUUUGCUUUAUGUGGAGGUAUGAUAUUUUCUUCACUACUUUUCCUAUCUUAAUAUAGUGUGGAGUUUUAUUGUACUAUUUUUUUCAUUCUUACUACCAUACCACAUUCCUGCUCACAUCCCUAAAUUGUGUCCUCUUUACAGCGUGUUGUGUAACCAUUUAUAACUGCCUAUUGCCUGUUGUAUUAGCAUCCAAAACAGGGGAAAUCAUCCCAUCACCAUUUCUGCUGUGUCCGUAAGAAGUGCAGUAAACAAAAAAAAAACAAAAAAAAAAAAAA